AUGCUUGCUAGCCCGGUUUUUAAGUGGCGCUGGCUACUAAUCGCUUGUAUCUUUAUUCUAAUCGUUUGUAUAACAUUCUAUGAGCCAGCAAGCGAAAUAUUGUGCAAAGCAGAACGUAGUGAAGGGGCUGGUGGCCUAAGUCAGCUCCUUCUAAACGCUUCCGAAAAGUGCCGCAUCAGCCGCGACAACCCAUGCCUCCGCCCUUUCGUCCCGAUGGGGGCGAAUUUUUUGUCAACCGAUGACAAGAAAAUAGCUAUUUGCAAGAUCGCAAAAACGAUGUCGACGACGUUGACGGCUACUGUAUGCUACCUGGACCGGGAGCAGGAAUUUCUGGCCCAGAAUCGAAGCAUACACACCGAGAUUUAUGAUACAAGAUUUUGUGGCAAGCGUAUCGAAAAAAUCGGAACCCCAAUAUCUGGAAAUGACACAAUCGACGAUUGGAAUAUGCUGGCCAUAAUUCGACACCCACUUGAGCGCUUCAUGUCCGGUUUUAUCGACAAAUGCAUCUGGAUGGCUAUGAUUCCGAAAUAUGCUCAUUUUUGCUACGGUUGUAAGGGCAAUUUGCCCUGUUUCCUGGACCGCCUAUAUAAGCAUGCGCUACGAUUUUCCGGAACCGAAAAUUGGCGGCAUAUUGGAUUUGUUGGGCUGCAUUUUUAUCCGCAAAAUUGGUACUGCAACUUCCUCGAAUUCCCCCAAAUGAAGGUGAUCCGCUUUACCAACGGCCCGGAGGGGUUGUCGAGGAUGAGAAACGAAUUUCUAGGUUUUUUGAAAGAAGCUAAAGUCGCUGAUACUCAACUAAAAUACAUCGAAUCUGAGCUGAGCCUCAAAUCGCCUCAUCAAAUGACAGACUCAACGCUAAUGGACAAGUACCUCGCCGAGCUGUUCUCCAGCCAGGCGCUGCUCGACAAAUUCAUGCAAAUAUUCUACUAUGACUUUUUGUUAUUUGGGUUUACCGUG